AUGCUGUUGAAUUUGUACAAGCCUACUCAUCAAUCCUUGACUGAAGGAUUCUUGAAGACCUACUCUUUGAAUCACCUUCCAGAGAGUCAAAGGAAUCAAUUUGCUACAACUAUGGAAACUUGUGGUAUCGUCCUUGAGAGGAACGAAGCCAUUGUGCUAGAAGCUGCCAGACGCAAACAGACACCUAACAAGGGCGGCGAUACGAAAGGCAAAAACAGAGAUAAAGGGAAGCCCGACAAAGAAGCACCCUCUGGUGCAGCCUUUGCCCAACAUGGGGGCAAAGGAGGAGGAGCAUCUGGUGUCACAUGCUUUUGUUGUGGCAAGAAGGGACACACUUGUGAUAAAUGUGAACACAAGAACAACCCGCCAGAAAAGUGGUUUAAUCCUAGCAAGUUCAAGAGAUAUUCCAUGUUGCACGGGUGGGAUGUCCAACUUGCAAAUUGGAAAGGCACUGGUAAAAAGGCGCUGCAUGAAACGAUUAAGAAAGGAUACAGAGUCCAAUUUGACUCUGACAAAAUGAAUGCAUUUGUUGUUACGUCUCCAAGAGGUCUCACUGAGAUCUAUUGCCAUCAUCCUAAUGGAUUGUAUGUGCGUCCACUUAUUAAUUCACCUCCAGAAUUCGAUGAUCUGAAUCGUGAUAUCAAUAUCAGGGCAAUUCUUAUGCAAUCUGGUAAUGAUGCAAAUGGGCCCAACCAUACUAAUGAUAAUAAUAUUCUUUCCGGUUCCUCUGGACUACAAACGGUUGAGAAGAACAUGGAAGGCUUCACUGACAGAGAAGUGAAAGCUGCAAAUGCUGCAAGAGCCGGAUACAACAUAGCUGGCACACCUGACAUUGUGAAAUUUCAACAUGCGGUGCAGACAGGUCUCCUUAAGAACUGUCCCAUAAUUGUGACGGACAUAAAGAACGCUAACGCGAUCUAUGGUUGA